UGAGUGAAAACAAUGGUGCUAGGGUUGCCAUGUGGUGAAACUUACUCCUGCUCUUCAAUUAUAUGAGGCCUCUUAUAGGCUCCUGCUUUUCUUGAUAUUUGACACACACAAAAAAAGACUUAAAUUUAUUGAUGAUGGAAGAGCAAAGCCAAAGAGAGAAAGAGACUUAGAGCCUAUAUCAGGGAGUAAAUUACUGAAGUAGAUUCAAACAAGUAAGAGCCAUGGAGUCUCCAAAAGGCUCAGAGGGGGAGGACUACAACAGUUGUGAGUCAGGGUGGACUAUGUACAUAGAAGACGCAUUCGGUGGAAAUGACCAUUCCUCUAUUGUUGUUGAUGAAGAUGAUGAUGAUGAUGGUGACAUUGAUGAUGAUUCACAGGUAAAAGAGGCUGAUGAUGGUGGUGAUGAGGAGAGUGAUGAUUCAAUGGCUUCUGAUGCAUCAUCAGGACCUAGCAAUCAACUUCCAAAGAACAUCAACAAACAUGCAGCUAAGAAGAACGUAUCUAAACAAGUCUACAUUCAAAACCGCCAACACACAGAGAAAACAUUGAGCAACGAAGGAGAAAAGUCAGAGCUCAAAGCUAGAACAAGAACAAGUGCAGCUAGUCGUGUCCAGAGUAAAGUCAAGGUGAGCAAAACCAAAUAAUACUCAUGAAGAAACGUAUAAGAAGAUAUGAUGAUGGUUCACAUAGAAUCCAAAUCCUGUAAUGCAAAGAGAGGUUUCAAUAUCUGUCAUCAAGCCUGUUGUUUGUCUUUAAUAAACCAUGUGUGUAGGUAGUUGCAUUGUUUUCUUUUCUCCAGAAUAUGUUUCUUUUUUUGGUAAAUGCUGUCAUGAAUAAGUUAUCUGCACGGUUCUCCGUUGGAACCCUGUUAUAUCAUAUGAACCCUGUUCUUCAUGUACUUCCUUCUAAAGUU